CACUACAUACACCUUCAUCGGCUGGACCAACUUGUAGCGAUCAUGUCUACCAACUUCAACUCUGCGGGCCGUCAGGAACAGCCAGGCACGAGUGCUCCAACAUACAACAGAUUGCUUGACAGUCGGGAACCAAUCAACCUAGCUGCACGACGUCGCAAGUUCACUGCUCCUCGUGUCCCGUUCAGUCUCGAGACCGUUCCUUUACAUGAAACACAGGUAUAUAUAUCACCUGAGCAAGUUGACGAAUAUCUGCGAAAGCAAGAAGAGUUUAACAAAGCUCUUCUUCAGCGACAGGGUAAGAGGCCCUCUUCUUCUCGCUCGGGCAGCAGACCUCAGAGCCCCAUGGACCGAGCUGCUCACUGGGUAAAGGACAAGGUCGUGACUCCAGUGAAGGAGUUUUUCACUGGUCCAGACGCAACCGAGAUGGUUGAUACUCAAAGACCACAGGACAAGGGUGACUACAUUUCUCACAGGAUCCGCGUCAUGGCGGCUAGGUCUCCCCGUCGUACCGACGAUGACUACGAGAUGAUUUCGGAGCUCCAUCCCGUGAACCAACGCAUUCCAGAGAGGAGAGGCAGGCCGAGCGUUGAUCGUGAGGUCUCUUCAAGACGAUCCGGAAGCAUUUCUUCGCCCAACCCAUUCAUGUCCCAUGGUACUCCGUCACCACGUAGCACUUUCUCGUCUCGGGGAACGCCUCAGGCCCCCCAGGCCCCUUUGGCCCCUCGCAAGUCCCACAAAUCAAACGCCUCAGUGUCAAGUAGCGUUCGAAGUGCUUUUGACAACGUUCAUUCUGGUCUAAAUCCCAAAGCUGGCAGACUAGUGUUUUCGGAUCAAGCACCAGCAGGGAUGAUGGACCCGUGCAGUGUCUGCCACAAAGAGCCUAGAGGAGCUUUAUAUCGCGGACGUUGUCAAGACUGUAGGUGA